UCCAGUACGAUGGAUUCCCUUCCAAGCACCUUCAUCAUUGAAAUAGACGGCAGGCCCAUCUCCAAGGUCAAUGGCCCGAUGGAUGAAUGGGAUGGCCAAUCAUGCAAACUUGUAGAGGGUGGAUCGGAACCAGCCGUUUUUGAACUACGCGAAAGCCGUCUCAUGUCCGAAGGGCAUAUCCUUAGCAGACAUUUCGUAGAGGACUUGAGCCUCAGGCCGAAGAGGGUAUUAUGGUUUAAGCCCGAAAAUCGCUAUAACGAACAUCGCGUCGUUGCAGAAAAGAAUGGCGAUGAUUACUCGCUCACCAUCUCU